AGAUUUUCAAACAUUGGCCGCCGAGAGUUCCUGGAAACAGGAGGCUCUUUUCGGCACCUUCCUCCACGGACUGUCGGAGGGAAUAAAGGACGAGCUCGGGAAAUACCGCUGGACCUCGAUUCUCUCAUCACCCCUUUCGAUUAGGAUUGAUGUGCGCCUACGAGAACGCCGGUGUGAGGUGAGGUAGGGCCUCGGGAACACUCGUUCAUCUGUUGAUGUCGGUGCAUGCCCUAAGGAAUCCGAAAAUGUGUGUAUUUCCGAGGAGAGCCGAAAACACCCGAGGUUCCUCGAGAAUCAUCGGCGAUGGGUGAGUUGGAUACUCCAGAGCCCAUGCAACUGGGAAGAGCUAGAUUAUCGGUUGGGGAAUGCUUACGUAGGCUGAGUUCUAACUGUUGUCUGUACUGUGGAGGUGUGGGACAUUAUAUAGCCACCUGCCCUGUCAAGAAACCCUUUUCUUUAGUGGGUACAAGUACUCUGGUGAGCCAGACUGGGAGUUCCCUAAUUCCCAUCACCCGUACACAUUUUUUUGUAAUUCUGCUGUAGGGAGACCAGUCUAAGUCUCUCCGGGUGCUCAUUGACUCUGGGGAUGAUGAAAGUUAUGGAUGCUACCAUAAUUUCUGAAUUAGGUAUUCCCACUCAACCUCUCUCUGUCCCCAUGGAUGCAAGGGCACUGGACGGCCACUCAGUUGGAAGAGUCACCCAUAGCACAGUGCCUGUUCAGAUACGGGUUUCAGGAAACCACAGUGAGACCAUACAGUUCCACCUCAUCGAUUCACCCCAUGUUCCUGUUGUUCUGGGAUUUUCUUGUCUCCAAAAACACAACCCUGUUAUUGACUGGACCACAAGUUCCACCCUGUGUUGGAGCCCGUUUUGUCAUUCCCACUGCUUUAAAGCAGCACAGCCGUCCCCGAGAUGUCAUCCUCAGGGCGUAAGCAAAGCCUCAGAUGUCUCUGCCGUUCCCAUUAAGUACCACGGCCUACUUCUCUUCCCCCGCACCGUCCUUAUGAUUGUGCCAUUGAUCUUCUCCCCGGCACCACACCACCUCGUGGUCGGCUAUAUUCUCUAUCUGGCCCAGAGACCAAGGCCAUGGAAGAGUACAUUGAGGAAUCUCUGGCUACUGGAGGCAUCUAUCUGUCUGCAUCUCCUGCCGGCGCAGGGUUUUUCUUUGUGGAGAAGAAGGACAAUACCCUGUGUCCGUGCAUUGACUACCGGGGUCUUAAUGAUAUAACGAUCAAGAAUCGUUACCCCCUACCUUUCCUCGGCUUUCGAACCUCUCCAGGAUCGUUUUGUGUUUAUCUACCUUGACGACAUCCUGUUUUUUUCCCCGGUCUGCCCAAGAACACGUUCUCCAUGUCAGACAAGUCCUUCAGUGCCUCCUGGAGAACCAGUUGUUUGUGAAAGUUCACCACAGCACCCAUCCUUGUCCAUCCGGACCUGUCUCGUCAAUUUGUGGUAGAGGUUGAUGCUUCUGAUGUUGGAGUGGGGGCCAUCCUUUCCCAGUGAUCUGCCCAGGACCAAAACCUCCAUCCCUGUGCUUUCCUGUCCAAUCGUCUCAAAUCGGCAGAAAGGAACUACGACGUAGGCAACCGAGAGCUUCUGGCGGUCAAGAUGGCGCUGGAAGAGUGGUGGCACAGGCUGGAAGGAGCAGAACAGCCAUUUUUGGUUUUGACUGACCAUAAAAAUGUGGAAUUUCUCCGUACAGCCAAGCGCCACCCCUGGUGGGCUUUGUUAUUUACAAGAUUCAACUUUACCAUUUCCUACCGCCCAGGGUCCAAAAAAAUGUGAAUCCUGAUGCCCUCUCCCGCCUAUACAGUUCCUCUCCCACACCGCCGGUCUCUGAAACCAUGCCUUGCGGCUUCAGUGGGUUGGAGUAUUGAAACCCUGGUUCGCAAGGCACAAUGUUCCCAGCCUGAACCUGAAGGGGACCCGGCUGACCGGUUGUUUGUCCCAAACUCAGUCCGGUCCUGGAAUGGGCUCAUUCCUCCAGGCUGACCUGUCAUCCAGGUUCCAGUCGAACCCUAGCCUUCAUCCGACUACGUUUCUGGUCUUCCACAAUGGUUCCUGACGUUUCUGCCUUUGUCGCUGCUCAGAACAAGACCCCACGGCAAGCUCCUUCUGGCCUCCUGCAGCCACUACCGGUUCCUCAUCGUCCCUGGUCUCGUAUAUCUCUGGACUUUGUCACUGGGCUCCCUCCGUCUGAUGGCAACACCGUCAUUCUGACGGUAGUGGAUCGGUUCUCCAAGGCCACCCAUUUCAUCCCUGUCCCCAAACUACCCUCUGCCAAGGAGAUGGCCCAGCUCAUGGUGCAGCAUGUCUUUCGAAUCCUUGGACUCCCGGUGGACAUUGUCUCUGCCCGCGGUUCUCGUCUCAGUUCUGGAAGGUGUUCUGCCUAUCCUCCGGAUUCCAUCCCCAAUCCAACGGCCAGUUGGAGCGAGCUAACCAGGACCUGGAAACCACCCUACGAUGCCUGGUCUCAACCAACCCCACUACCUGGAGCCGGUAACUGGUCUGGGUGGAUUAUGCUCGAAACACCCUUCCCUGUUCAGGCACUGGACUCUCCCCUUUUGAGUGCUCCAUGCGGUAUCAGCCUCUACUCUUCCCUGAACAAGAGCAGGAGGUCCGCGUACCCUCAACACAGAUGUUCGUCCGCCGCUGUCGACGUACCUGGAGAAGAGCUCGGGUGGCACUUCUCAAGACCAACUCCAGGUAUCGUCAACAAGCGGAUCGCCGGACUCCAGCUUCCCGCUACCGCAUUGGGCAGAGGUUAUGGCUUUCCACACGGGACCUGCCCAUUCAGGUGGAGUCCCGCAAACUGUCCCCCCAUUUCAUUGGUCCUUUUCCCAUCUCUAGAGUCCUUAGUUCCACUGCUGUCCGUCUCUUGUUACCCCGUACCCUCCGUAUUCACCCUACUUUCCAUGUGUCUAGGAUUAACCCUGUGUGUCACAGCCCUUUGUCUUCUGUCUCUAGGCCCUCCCCUCCUCCCCGUGUCAUCGAUUGCCAACGCGGCAUACACGGUAAAACGCCUCCUGGGUGUUCGACCACGGGGCAAUGGUUUCCAGUACCUGGUUGAUUGGGAAGGUUACGGCCCGGAGGAGAGGUGCUGGGUUCCCGCUAGAGACAUCCUGGAUCCAGCCCUCAUCACCGACUUCCAUCGCCGACACCCGGUCAACCAGUAUCUCCAGCCCUGUCCAGUCAGCCCAGGUUUUACAGGAAGUGGGUCAUAAAAUCCAGUCCUAUCCAUUUAACUACCAGGGGGCAGCCAUCUUAAGUGGCCAGGAGGAGGGAGCGUAUGGUUGGGUCACUGUCAACUAUCUCUUGGAGAACUUCAUCAAGUAUGGCUUUGUGGGCCGUUGGCUGAGCCCGGGCAGACAGACGGUGGGGGCGCUGGACUUUGGUGGGGCGUCGACCCAGAUCACCUUUGUGACCAAGGAUGAGGUGGAAGAUGCGAGGGACAGGAUGAAGCUACGUCUGUAUGGCCAUGACUACUCCCUGUACACACACAGCUUCCUGUGCUACGGACGAGACCAGGUCCUCAAACGCCUACUGGCUCACCUGGUGACGGCUCAGGGUCACACAGGGACAGUGGCCCAUCCGUGCUUCCCUGCAGGCUACAGCGUCACCAUGAAGCUGGGGACAUUAUUUGACUCUCCCUGCACGGUGGCCCAGACACCCAGCUACAGUUACAAUCCCCAGGCAACCCUGUCUGUGAAGGGCACUGGCGACUAUGAUCACUGCCUGGGCAACAUUACUGAGAUCUUCUCCUUCCACAGCUGCCCCUUCUCCCAGUGCUCUUUUGACAAGGUGUUCCAGCCCAAUGUCAGUGGCAGCUUCAUGGCGUUCUCUGCCUUCUUCUACAUUCACCAGUUCCUACAGACUACUACAGGAAUCCCUGUCACCACCCCUGCCCAACUGGAAGAGGCAGCUCAUUCUAUCUGUAACAUGAGCAUCAAUGAGAUGUUGGUGCUGGCCCCAGAUCAGGAGCCUCGUCUGCAGGACUUCUGUGCUGCCUCUGUGUUCACCAAGGUGCUCUUCACGAGAGGCUAUGGCUUUGAUGAGAUCUCAUUUCCCCACAUUUCCUUCCAGAAAAAGGCAGGGGAUGCCUCUGUGGGCUGGGCCCUGGGCUACAUGCUCAGUCUGAGCAGUCUGCUGCCGGGGGAGAGUGUGGGCCUGAGGAAGGCCCUGAAACCUGGAGCCUGGGCUGCCCUGCUCUUCCUCUUCGUCCUUCUCCCCGCCACCGCCCUGAUGUAUGUUUCCCUCCAAGCCUGCCGCAGGAAGAAGAAAGGAAGCAGUGACACUGCCAGCUAAUCAUCAUAAGGGACUUCCAUUAAGACCUGCUUUCACUUUGUUUAGAGGAAAGACGGCAAACUCUUUGUAAGGGUGCUGGUGGUACAAUCCUGGACCCAAGAGUGCGUAGAUAACUGUAUCAUGAAGAAGAUAUAAUGUUGUAUAAAGUGUUGAUCAUCUUUACACUGAGAUAUAACAAGUGAGUUCUCCCCAGCUGUCAACACAUUUUAUAUAUCCUUUUUUUAUGUAUACUUUAACAAACUUUUUUUUUUGUACAGGUAUGCAUUGUAGGCUAUGAUUAAUGUUCAACAUCACUCUCACAACAUGUUACCCAACAUUUAAGUAUAAUUUGUUUCUGCUUUAUAUUCAUUGUGUAUUUUGUAUUCUGAUAACAAAAAAAUCAACUAUGUUUUGUACAUGGAGUGGCCUUUGUAGAAGAUAUGUUAGUAUUCAUGUGUUUCAUACGUCAUAUUGACUACAACUGACUAAAACUACAAGUACCAUCA